AUGGAUUCAAUGAGGUCGCUUAAUACAUCGCUUCCGAGCUCUACAUCCUUUUCUCAGCCUCCCGAACAACUCUUACAGUCUUUCAAAGCCGCAGCCCUAUCGGUCACGAACCUCUACAAGAGUGCCAUUACUGAUCAGGCACAGGCCAAACAGUUAGGCUACCAAGAAGCCAUCCAAGAUCUAUUACAGUUCCUCGAUCGAAAGAAUCUCGGACUAGGGGAUGGUGAAGGUUGGCAGGUACGACAAUGGGCAACCGAACGGUUGGAUGGGGUGCCCGUAAACAGUGAAAGCGACGAUGAGGACAAGCCAGUGGUGAGCUCAUCACCGGCCGUUAAUCGCAAGGAGCAAUCGCGCGAGAAUGAUCAGUCACGGCGGAAUUCGGAGUCUACUUCAUUACGAGCGGAUCAUACUUCUUCUGAGCAACAGCCUCCAGUCAGUCGAGAACAGCCCGAGACGAGUCAAUCAACAACCACCUCCGACAUGUUUCCAAAGGCACCUGUCUUCACAUUUACCGCCGGACCUGCCUUUCCUCCCAUACCCCAGGACGUGGACAUGCAAACGUCAGAUAACAUGCCUAUGACCCCGACUUCUCAAGACGAGACGACGGGGGUUGGUAUAUCCGUGUUGCCACGAACUGCUCGGACUUCGGGUCGACUCAGCAGCUCUAAUCGACGAACAUCAGCCAACGGAACAGUUUUAGGAAGCAAAAGGAAAGUUCAAUUCCCCGAUUUUUUUGACCUAUCGGGCUUGAAUGGACGUGAGUUUUUUGGAGGCGGCAAACGAGGGCGAUUCACUUGA